AUGGCAUUGAGCUUGUGCACCACGGAGCUCGACCCCAACCACGUGCCGGACUCGGUGUGCGUCUCCAUGCAGCCGGCGCACGGCCCCAACGAGCCCAAGAAGUCCGACCCGCCCUACGUCGUCACCGUCUCCAGCCGCAAGGUCUCCAAGGGGGACACCGUGAGAGUGGUGGUGAAGGGCCUCGCCAGCGAGACGUUCAAAGGCAUCUACAUCCAAGGCCGCAUCAACGACUUGCCCGUAGGACGCUGGCUGCCGCACGACAACCCGCAAGUGCGAGUGUUGGACUGCUCUCCCAGGAAAGAGGACGACAAUCGUGAAAUCAUACGAUGCUUUCUGGACGAAAGUGAGAUCGACACCCCUCCAAGUCGUCUGAGUAACAUCAUUAAAUUCUGGAAGACAGUAAUGAAUGAAGAGAGAAACGUCAGAUUACAUUCACUUAACACCUAGAGUCGUGGUGCAGACAUUUGUACAUAAUUGAGUGAAAUGUAGUAAGAGUAACAACAUCACUACAAAACAUAUCAUGACUACAAACUAGAAAAAAUAAGCUAAUGAAUUUGUUAACAUUUUUAGUCAAUAAAAGAGUGUCCGAAAAUGCCAUUCAAGUGUGUCAUUUAAAUGGGAUUCAAAUAUCGAGUUUAGAAUUCAGAGAUUCAAAUUCUGAGUAUCUCAUGUGGAAUUUGUGAUGGGUGUUAGAAAUUAAAUUUUCGUUUUCACUUAAUCGAAUUUCUUUGUCUUUGAUCCAUUUGCUCCAUCUCAUUACUUACAUAGUUGGCCAUUUUUUCAACCGCAUUCGAUUAUUUUUAUUACCAUUUCACAUAGCCAAAUUUAAAAAUGGAUCCGUCGACUUUGAUUAAAUUUUGUUGUUGGAUCGUAUGGAGGACGUUUAAAAGAACGAUGCAGGUAUCAUGCUCAUUGAACACUAAUUUUUCGAAAAUUGCGAAAAUCCAAACUUUUUUCCGCGUCUUCGUACAAUUACAAGUACUAAGAUAGAUAGCUUUUCCUGAAUGAAAUCUGUUCCUUAAAAAUAAAUUUUAAAAUAAGGUCAAGUACAGUUUUUCGAAAAUUUGAGUACUUUUCGCUUACUUGUGUGUAAAAAUUCGUACUGUUCUUGCACCACUAAUUAACAAAACAAUGCGGGUUACACAAAUAUCAGUUUGGAAGCAGUUCUUCUGAGCACUUUACGGCAAUUUUGGUUGCCUAAAAAUAUUAAAUAAAUAACAUAUAAGAUGCACUAUUGGAGUUGUCAUAAGACUUUAUAUAGAAAAUUAUAAAGAUUUGCGAAUUAUUAUGAGACAAAAUGACAAAAAUCCUUACAUUUUUAUUGAACGAUAUAUUGCGAAGAAUUUUCAAAUCGAUAUCAAUGCAGUAUACAUAUUUUUUCAAAAGCUCUAGUUUUGUAACACUUUUUAAAUAUCUGGAAAAAACUUGCAAUAUCCAGAAAAAAUAUUAGAUUGGUAAUUUUAUAUUGGGCAAAUACUGAAUUAAUAAGAGUUUAUUUUCUUAUCUGAAAGUAACCAUCUCUAAUUCAUUUUUAAGAAGAAACGUCUUGUAACCAUUUCUGUAAUGGAAC